CUAAAUUUAAUCCAAAAAAGGAGAAACCCAACCCAAUUCCCUAAAAGAAAAUUCAUUUGCUUUCUGAAUAAGGGUUACCUUUGAGGUUUUCGUUUCCUCUCUAUUGUUUCAUAAAUAAUCAAAAUUUACGUUAACAAAUCUGCAAGUUUUCUAGCAGAUCGCCACAAAGGGAAUUUUGAACCUUGUGGGGGGUUGUUUUUAAUAGAAAAGGUGAACCAUGGGGACCCCGGAAACGUCACGGGAGCCAUGCCCUGAUCGAAUUCUCGACGACAUUGGUGGUGCUUUUGGCAUGGGUGCUGUUGGAGGUGCAGCCUUCCACUUCUUAAAAGGCACAUAUAACUCCCCUAGUGGUUCUCGGUUGCUCGGAGGAACUCAAGCAGUGCGUAUGAAUGCCCCUCGUGUCGGCGGUAGUUUUGCCGUUUGGGGCGGUCUGUUUUCCACCUUUGAUUGCACUAUGGUCUACGUCCGACAGAAGGAAGAUCCUUGGAACUCCAUUAUAGCCGGUGCUGCAACAGGAGGUUUUCUUUCAAUGCGUCAAGGAUUUGGUGCCGCUUCCCGAUCAGCCAUGUUCGGUGGCAUCUUGCUUGCUUUGAUUGAAGGAGCUGGUAUCAUGUUGAAUAAAGUUCUCAGUCAACCGCAGAUGCCUAUUAUGAUCGACGACCCAGCACCCAAUGUAGCAGGAAUGCCUGGAUAUCCAAUGGGACAAUUGCCAAACCAAGCACCUGCAUCAAUUGAGAGUUUGAGACACGACUCGCCACCGCCGCCCCCACAACAGUCCUCAUCUAACUCUUCCUCUUCAUGGUUUGGAGGACUUUUUGGUGGAAAGAAGCAGGAACCGGCAACAGGUAGUGGAAGUAAAACUGAGGUUUUGGAGAGCUUCGAUGCUCCUCCGGUGCCGUCGUUCGAAUACAAAUAAGGUGGUGGCUUCCCCUAUUUUGUCACAGUUAAGAACACUAAUCCUGCCUUUUUGUUUCAGCACUUUGAAGUGUUUCAACUUACGAAGCUUGCUUUUUUAUCAUUAAAUUGACUCGAUAGUUGUUAUUGCUUUCUUGUUCUUGGAUUUCCCUAUUGCAAGAUACAUGCCUGUAGAGCUGUUUCUCAUCAGUCAAAUAAAAAACCCAAUGUUGUUGGAUUCAAAAA